UACCUACUCGAAAACAAUAUCUUAUCCACAGUAUUAUUGAUAAUAUUUAAAUUUGAUCGUAUAUUUACGUAUCUACAAAUGAAUUAUUGCUAUUUAUAAUUUAACAAUUAUUUCCUGCUGUGCGAUUAUGAUUGGCAAACUCAUUAUUUUUAUAUUGUGACCUGUUAUGUUUGAAAAAGAUUUGAAAUGAUUUCCAAAACUGUGUGCAUCACACAAGAAGGUCCAGCAAAUGCACUAGCAUUGAAUAAAGACAACAGUCAAGUUGUUAUAGCAGGACGUAAUGUUUUUAAAAUAUUUGCCUUGCUAGAAGACAGAUUCGAGGAGGCAUGUAAUCUUCGUGUUGGGAAAAAUUUAAAUUUAAAUUUUUCUUGUAACGAUGUUGCUUGGAAUCUCAUAGAUGAUCAUAUAUUAGCAACCGCUGCUACCAAUGGAGCAGUAGUAGUAUGGAAUUUAAAUAGAUUAUCAAGGUCCAAGCAGGAACAUGUUUUCAUGGAUCAUAAAAGAACUGUUAAUAAAGUAAGUUUUCAUAUGACAGAACCUAUGUGGCUAAUAUCUGGUUCCCAAGAUGGCACUAUGAAAUGUUUCGAUUUAAGAACAAAAGAAGCUACUAGAACUUUUUAUAGUAACACGGAAUCGGUACGCGACGUUCAGUUUUGUCCUCACUCCCCGCAUACAUUUGCCGCUGUUUCCGAGAAUGGACACGUGCAGCAAUGGGACUUACGGAAACCGGAUAAAUAUUUUCAACAUUUUACCGCUCAUAGCGGUCCGAUAUUUGCUUGCGAUUGGCAUCCUGAAUCUACUUGGCUCGCAACCGCUUCUAGAGAUAAGACUAUCAAGGUUUGGGACUUGUUGGGUAAACCCAGUUGCGAUUACGUUAUACAUACAAUAGCAUCGGUAGGUCGUAUAAAGUGGAGACCACAGCGAAAAUAUCAUAUAUCCAGUUGUGCCCUUGUCGUAGACUGUAGCAUAAAUGUAUGGGAUAUUCGUAGGCCGUAUAUUCCUUUUGCAAGUUUUAACGAACAUAAAGAUGUCCCAACCGGUGUAGCAUGGAGAGGCAAUCCACAGUCGUUUUUAUCAACUAGCAGAGAUUGUACUUUAUACCAUCAUGUGUUUAAAGAUGCUACUAGACCAGCGAGUAAAGCAAAUCCGCAAGGUAUUGCGUUGAAUCCGAAAGGAGACAUCGCAUAUGCUUGUAAAGUCCAUGUUACCACUACAACGAAACCAUUGACUAACAUAAUGAGGAAGGCAGCUGCAACAAACGAUACAUUUUGCAUGGUAUCUAGCGUAAUGCAUAGAUUUGCGCUAAGCGUGCCGCGGGAACCAAAGUGGUUUAGAGCAUGCGCGGAAGGUUACUUGCUUUCCGGACGAUUAAACGACAUUUGCGAUCAUAAUGCCAUUGUCGCCAGAAACGCUGGUAGAAACGAUAUCAGUACAGUAUGGAGUAUCAUAAAAACUUUAUAUACUAACCCCAUGGGAUCUAUUUUAAAAACACCUCCGACUGCUUCCAAAGAAGAUAUAGUAAAUACGUUGAAUUUAGCACAGAUUACAAUAGGAUCUAAUAUAGAUCAGCCAAGCGCAGGCCAUGAAAACGAUGUGAAAUCCUUACAGGGAGAAGUAACAGGUGCAACCAGCGGAGGCGACGACGAGACCGAAACGGACGAAACACCAGAAAAUCAGCAUUCGAUAGGAUCGAUAUUGCCUAGUUACAAACGAGCAUUUAUCGAUUACAAAGGACCAUCUAAAGGAGAUUUUUUAUUCGGAGAGAGCGAGUUCGAGCCAAUGACGAUGGAAUAUACUUCGAGUUAUAUGCACAAUAUGAUAAAUAACGAUAACGACUGGACGUUGUCCAAAGAGGCUUUCCCUUUACGACACGAGAUAAAAGAUAGAUCUCCGCCGCCCGAACAAUUUCCAAAUCAUCUUCCGGAUAUUAACGAAGAUUGUGCCUCGUUGAUGAUCGAAGAUCAACCGAGCCAAUUGAUAGUAUCGAAUAUACCUAAACCACAAUUUUGGGAUCCUACGAUAUUGAUCGAAGAAGCUUUGAAACAUCACGCGGCGCUCAGAGAUAUACAGACUUCUGCGUCAAUUCUCAUCGCAUUAGGAGAGAAACGAAAGAACUUGAACAUUGAAACCGCUGUCCAAGAACAUUGGAUAUUAGAGUAUUUAGAUAUGCUCGCAAAGUUUAAACUUUGGAACGUGGCUACUCAGAUAAUCCAGUCGGUUUGGAUACCGUCGGUGUCGCAAUUAAAUCAACAAUCAACGGUAAUACACGCGUGUUGUUUAGCGUGUACGAAACCAUUGCAAAGGGCAGCAUGGUUGUGCGAUCGAUGUCAUUCGUCUCAUCACGCGCUUUGUUCCGUUUGUCAUCAAGUUGUUCGAGGAAUGUACGCAUGGUGUCAGGGAUGCACGCACGGAGGUCACGUUGUUCACAUGAACGAAUGGUUCAGAUGUAAUCGGCAAUGUCCAACCGGUUGUGGUCACAUGUGCGAAUAUAUUUAAAGAGUUUACGAC